GUUAACAGCGUCAUAAAAUAACUUCACAGUGCUUACAGGAGGCACAUUAAAGAAGGGGUGUGUGUGAGCGGCUCUCUCUCCUCAAAAAAAAAAAAAGAAAAGAAAAGAAAGAAAUACAGACAAUGUUUCUUUAAAAGUCUCCAUCUGCAAAUCCCAUUAGAUGUGCAUAUAAGGUUUCUGAUGAUUAAUAGUUGCCUGCUCGGGUUUUGGUUGGAGGGGAGUGUGUGGGUGCGGGUUAACCCCUCCCUCUCCUCUCUCACAUUUCACUUCAGAAAUUUGUCACUCUCUCCCCACCGCAGCCUUUAAAAGUGUGUGUCUCCGCAGCCCUGGCCAGCCCUCCCAGGCGUUUGCCGAGGGCUCCGGGGCGCGCCGUCCGCUGGCCGUGAGUCUGGGCCGGGACAGUGAACAUGCUUAGUGUCACCGGCGACAAACACACGCACAGGGCAUCCCACUAGGCAGGCUGGUGCGUCCGGAGGCAGGAAGCCAGCAGAGAAGGCAGACGCAAGUGUGUACACACACACACACACACACACACACACACACACGUGUGUGGACUUCUAAAAGAGACUUUAGUUUGGGGUUUUGUUUUGGUUCCUGGGGUGAACUUUCUGUUGAACGUUUUUUCCCCCUACUAUUUAAUUUUAAUUUUUUUUUUUUUUUUUUUUGCAUUUAAAAAAAAAAUUGACUCUAACAAGGGUAAGACUCGAACCCUCGAAGGACUGAGGCGUGCCGCGGACCGCAGAUGGAUCCCGUGGCCAGCAGCUGCAUGCGGAGCCCCCACCCCCCGGCCCCCGUCUGGGGCUGCCUCCGGAACCCCCUCUCCGAAGGCAGCGGGGCCUCGGGGCUGCCCCACUACCCGCCCACCCCGUUCUCCUUCCACCAGAAGCCAGACUUCCCGGCGGCGACAGCGACGGCAGCGUACCCCGACUUCUCCGCCUCCUGCCUGGCCGCCACUCCGCACAGCCUGCCCCAGGAGGAGCGGGUCUUCGCCGAGCAGCACCCCGCCUUCCCACAGCCCCCCGACUGGCACUUCCCCGGCUCAGAGACCCAGCGGAGGCUCACCCCGGGCCCCGCGGGGGGCUGCAGGGAGCCGGGGGCCAGCAGCCCGGGGCUGGUGGACGCCGCGGGGGGCCCGGCAGAGGACUGCGAGGUCUUCGGGAGCACCGCCAGCGAGACGGAGAAGAAGGCAUCCAGGCGGAAAAAGGACGGUGCAGACAACCAGGAGAACCGAGGGAAAGCGGAGGGCGGCAGCAAAGCCCGCAAGGAGAGGACGGCAUUCACCAAGGAGCAGCUGCGGGAGCUGGAGGCCGAGUUCGCUCACCACAACUACCUGACCCGGCUCCGGAGAUACGAGAUCGCUGUGAACUUGGAUCUGUCCGAGAGGCAGGUCAAAGUGUGGUUCCAGAACCGAAGGAUGAAGUGGAAGCGUGUGAAGGGGGGCCAGCCCAUCUCCCCUCACGGGCAGGACCCCGAGGAUGGGGACUCUGCAGCUUCUCCGAGUUCGGAGUGAGGUUCUCCACGGAGAAAAACAGACUGAGGACUGAGUCCCUACCCAACCCCCCCACCCCAAUCCCAAUGUCCCCUUCUCCCUCCCACCCCAGGGCAGCCUUCCCACAUCUUGCAGUGACUCUUGGAAAAGAAGCUGCCUAGUGUUCCUGGGAGCCUUGACAUUUUCCAGAAAGUUCUGUCCAGCAUUGCUGUCUUAGCUAUCCCUUUCCCAGGGCCUUUUCUUCCCAUAAUCCUUGUGAAUCAUUCAGCGGCCAGAUCAGACCUGAGUGAAUCUGGGGGGCAACUCCAGGGUCUCUUGACUGCUGCCCACACCUUCCCCUGCCAGCCUCCUCCUCCAGGUCUGAACACCACCUGGCCUGCUGGGGGAGCGGCCUUGGGACCAGCUGGUGACUCAUGACAGCUAAUGCUUCACAAGAAGUGAAAUGACCGACACACACACCCCGAGACCACCUUUCCUUUCUGGGCUCUCUAUCUGAGCCUUUGGGGGCCCUGAGUUGUCCCAAAACCCCUGGGAAAAUCAGAGUGAGGAGGGUUGAGGGUCGAAACUCAGCUGCUGCGAAUCAGAAACCAUCCUGGUCUCCAAAUGGGUUGGCUGUGAGGUGGCCAAGCUUAGUAACACUGGCCGGAAGAAGACGGCGGGAAAACAUGUCGGCGCACCUACAUCUCUGUACAGGCCCAUUCACACCGGCUUAACUUGAGGGGGGUGGGGGUGGGGAGAUGAGAAUGGACCCAGGACACCACCUGCUUUUUCAAAAUUAAUUCGGAAAUACAGCUGGGACUGUUGGGCAGCAUCCAGACCAAUGGAGCAGGUAGACCUUUUAAAUCCACAGCUUCUGGAUUGGAAAACGCCCCAGAUGCUCACAUUGUUGAACUGAGGGCUGGGAAGCAUCCCCCAUGUUCUAGGGCUGCCGGGCAAGGGGCUGGGAAUGUGGGAGCGGGAGAGCAGGGCUCCCCAGCGGCAGUGUCCUGUGCUUUCCCCAGACCAACGGCACACGGGGACGACCAAGCAGCCCCCCGUUCUCCACGGGCUGCGUUUGGGCCGCUCUGACGUGUUCCACACAAAUGCUAUCUUUAUGGGAGGAGCUGCUAGUUUAUGGGUGUGGACUGCCCGGGUCCUCCGGGGUGACAGUCCAGGCCUGAUGGCCGAACAGCCUGGGACAACGGAAGCCCUCGAGAGAGACCCCCUGCCUGCCCCAGUGCUCCAUCUCCCAUGCCAGCUGCUGUCGCAGAGGGAGGUCAGCACGAGUUUGGAUCUCCUGUAUGUAUAUUUAAUCAUUCACUUGUAAAAAAAAAAAAAAAAAAAAAAAAAAGAACCCCACCUCCCCAUCCCAAAAGGACCACUGUGUGGGAAAUGAUUGCCAAGUGAGAUGGCUGGUUAGAGCAUGCGUAAUUUCUUCCUCUAAAUCAUACUUCAUCUGUUUUCUUAAGAUUGCAUCAAGGUAACUGCACGAGGUCAAUUCACUUGGUAAGAAAACUCCUGGAAAAAUAAAACCAGUAAAACAUGCGAAGCUCCCACGCCUUUUCCUUGCAGAGCGAAGGAUCACAGCUCUGUGUGCAGUCCUCCAAUGCUCCUGUGAGGGUGGACCAGUGUCUAGAAGCAACAACAAAGGGGAGAAGAUAUCUAGAAAAAGGUGCCCCCUUUAGGUUCUUCAGGACGGGGGCCAGGGGUGCAAAUGUAAUUGUUGCUGCCCCCCCCCCCCAAAAAAAAUCUUUCUCCCAUACAACUGCACGGUCCUGUUUCCCAUUGUAAAAUGUUAGCUUUCAGCUUCCCUAUCCUCUGGCUUAUUGAAUAGUCAAAAGUUCUGUAUACAAAAGAUGAACUCUUUUGUUAAUAAAGAAAUCUUGACCAU